UAAGCUUACAGUUAUUACAUCUAAAAUAUGUAUAUAAAAGUUUAGUGUUAAAUCAUAAUUUAGCAUGUUCAAUUGUAUGUGUCUUUCUAUUUUUUUUAUUACUUAUUUAUUGUCAGUAUAACUUAUUCAGACUAUAUUUUCUUGUUUCUUGUUCUUGUGUUAGUAUGUAGAAAAUAAAAUGGUUACUUUUGGUGCAGAAGACUGUAGAACUCUUUUUUUUGCCACUCAAUGAACUACUCAGGAAUCGGUAAGAGAAUUGAUAAGGAAUUGGAUCGAUAGGCAGAAUCAACAAUGGCAUUGAUAUUGAUAAAAACGUAUCAAUUCCCACCCCUAACCCUGACAGAUUGCUGAAAUCACAUGCUGGAUGCUUUAAUCUUUCUAUGUGUUUUUAAGUUAAUGAUCAGACUAUAAUAAGACCACGUUAUGUUAUUGUGGAAAAAAGGGGACAUUUCAUAGUGGAUGGUGGAAACCAGUACAUCUUGGCAUCCCGAGAGGCUUUUGCUGGGAUGCGGGACACACAACUCAACAUCAGGGGCCGGUUGCACCAACUGGGCGUAAGCCUGGUCGUAACUACGCCUGGUCGUAACUUGGCGUUCUAAGUCCAACCUAACCGUUACGCCGGUUGCACCAACUGGGCUUAGCGUUAUUUUCACUAAGACCAAGGCGUAAAUCCUACGCCUGGUCAGCAGUGGCGGCGCCAGGGGGGGGCUAGGGGGCGCUAGAGCACCCCCUAGAUUGGACAUAGCACCCCCAUAGCACCCCCAAGAAAAUAAUGGUUUAUUUAUUAUUGUUAUUUAAUUUCAUUCUGAGUUCUUUAUAAAAUGUAUUGUGUGAUAAUAAUAUUUUAAUCACAAAAGAAAAUAACAGAUUGAAAUAAACAGAUUGUUCACGUAGCACGACACAGACACGUUGCGUGCGUGAACGUGAUUGUUCAAUGAGUAGUAGGCUAAGUAACAGUAAUCCUGGCGAUCGGUCAAUUUUAAAUCAAGCGUUCACAAAAUCAUACACUUUUUGAUCUCUUAUUAUUGUGGUUUUGAGUGCCUACUGUUUGGUUUCAUUCAUGUUUUGAUUGUGACCUAAAAUAAUAUACUCUUUUUGAAAGCAUUUCUGACUCUUUGCCUGUUUAAGUUAAUUCUGUCUGACAUUCUAAUCUGCCGUCUUUAGUUAGAAGUGUAUUGAACUUGGUAUGUUUAGUUUAAUUUGUCGCUCAUGGUAGUGGUGACCUGGUAGUCAUCUGGCGCAAACCUUAAUCCACACACUGAAGUAAGUGAAGUAUUUGGGAUUACGUUAUCUAUAACAUCUCCAUUUUAACCGUCGGAGAUGAACGCGGCUUUGUGCGCGUCCGUCAGAAGUAGCCUAAUGACAAUAAUAAUACGAUCGAUUUGAAUGGCGCUUUUUUUGUACCCCAAAGACCCGUUAGAGAGCAAACGUGUAAACAUAUGUGACGAUAUGGUGGGGAGGUGUUGUAGUAGAGAAAAAUGAGACUCAUAUGCUAUCACCCUAAUUUCAUAGCACCCUCAGUAAAACGCCGAGCACCCCCAUAGCACCACCAGAAAAAAAUCUCUGGCGCCGCCACUGCUGGUCAGGGGGAGGCGUAGAGUCGAAAUUUCUGCUGUUUCCAUAGCAAUUACAAUAAUAAAAAAAACGUUACAAUCAAUCCAUCCAGCGCUAAUAUGGAACGUAUUAUCCAUAGGGUGUACAACGAGCGGGCAUUUAGACGGGAAAGGGUAAUUAGGGACAGAAGCAAUCCAUUGGACAUUUAUAAUGACGAGGAGCUGAUUGAGAGGUUUCGAUUCUGUAGGAGAGAUCUGUUUGAAUUAAUAGAAGAGCUGUCACCGGAUUUACAGUUCGUGUCGGACCGCAAUGCAGCGCUACCACCGUCCUUGCAACUGCUGAUUGCGCUUCGUUUUUUCGCAAACGGGGCUUUUCAGAACACUGUAAGCGACAUGGUGAGGGUCCAUAGAUCGACCGCCUGUCGGGUAAUCCGGAGGGUUUCCCUGGCUUUGAGCCGCCGCAUCGCUCGUUACGUCCACCUCCCGAACGAGGAAGAGGCGGCGGCGAUAAAGGAACGGUUCCGCCAGGCGUCCGGUAUGCCUGGGAUCGUGGGCUGCAUAGACGGGACACAUGUGCAGAUCCAGGCCCCACAUGAGAACGAGUAUUUGUACGUUAAUCGAAAAGGUUACCAUUCGAUUAACGUACAAAUAGCUUGUGACGCAAAUUAUAACAUCAUUAAUUUGGUGGCGAGAUGGCCUGGAUCCACCCACGAUUCCCGCAUCCUCCGGGAGAGUGCGUUAUUGCAGGACUUCGAGGAAGGAAGGUGCAACGGGCUGCUCCUCGGGGACAGUGGAUACCCGCUGAAACGGUGGCUGAUGACCCCGCUAAUUGCUCCAACAACUGACCAAGAACGGAGGUAUAACACCAUACACUCCGCAACUAGGUCAGUUGUUGAGAGAUGUAUCGGGGUUCUCAAACGCAGGUUUCACUGUCUUCAUGGGGAGAUGCGGAUGCACCCAGAACGUGUCUGCACAGUAAUAGCAGCGUGCACAGUUCUGCACAACAUUUGCAUCGCCAAAAGAAUCCCUCUCCCCAGACACCAUCAGCCACCGGCAGUCCCCGAGGAAGAUGUGCGUCAAGCCACUCGGCCUGAGGACAUCGCUGGCCGAUUAGUCCGUGCUCAGCUCAUUAAUCAGUUGUAAAUAUUGUUUUAAUUAUGUAUAUAUGUUUUUUAUAGGCCGACACAAACUGUAAAUCCGGUGACAGCUCUUCUAUUUAUUCGAACAUAUCUCUCCUACAGAAUCGAAACACCUCAAUUAGCUCCUUGUCAUUUGAUGAUGUUCACUGCAUUGCUUCUGUCAAAAAUAACCAUUCCCGUCUAAAUGCCUGCUCGUUGUAAACCAGACAAUACAUAUUGUACUCACUUUCGUUUGCAGUGUUUUAUUGUUAUGCAUUAAAAAAAUUGAUGAACGAAAAUGAAUGAAAGAAUGAUUGGAAGGAAUAUUUAUUUGAACAGUAAAUCUUAAUUUGAACAGUAAAAAGUAAAACAUUAAAACACAGAAAUAUAAUAUAAUAAAUAUAAUAAUAUAAUAAAUAAAUAUAAUCAAACAAUUAUCCAAACUCUAAAAUAUUUAUUUACAUUAUUUACAUUGUACAGGGAUGGUCACGGUUGGUCUUCAAAAAUAAUUGUUUGGGGCCUAAUUUGUUGCUGGAGCAACUGAAUUUGGAGCCGUAAUUUAAUUUGUUCCAAUUCAAUUUUUUUGGUCUCUGCCUCUAAUUUAAUGGUCUCCUUCUCCACCUGGACAAUUUCCUUCUCCAUGAGGACCUGUUGAAGGUCCUCACUUCUCCUCCGCUUCGUUGCCGGGGGUGGGGAUGGAAUUGGACAGGAAGGGGUUGCCACUGCUGGUUCUAUCGGUGGUGGUGGUGUUGAGCACUUUCCAAGUCUGAAACAAAAUGUGAAUUUAUUAAUUCUGGGCAAUAAGGCUAGUCCUGCUUAUUCAACUAACAAACCAUCCUCAAUAAAUAUGCUAGGCUACAUCAGAGGUGUAGCCAUGGUUUCAACAUUGGGGGGGACAAAUGCCUGGGGGCGGGUUCCGGCCCCCCCAGGCAAAGAUUUUGAACAUGCAUUAAUCUGGUGCACUCUGAGAGCAAAAUCUCAAUACCUAGCACCUAAUUUUGAAGACCUUUCUAGGGAUGGAUGUUUAAAACACUUUAAUACUGGAUGUGACCAAGCAGUCUGGGAGUGUGGAAGACUUGAAAUUGGGAAAAGGUUGACAGACAAAUACUUCAGAGCUCUGUUUUCCUUUACUAUUUUAAUUAAAUAUAACAUUUUGUGCUCCUCAAUAUUUCAACCAAUCCAGUCAGUUCCUUUUUUCCCACAUUCAAUUCAUUGAUGUUUUGUCUUUUUUUACAAAACACACACAAACAAACACCUGCACCACCACAACAAGGACACAAAAUCCAGCCAGUACUUCCAUUACAUUUUUUAUUGCAUAACCAUCACAUUUGCCAAUGUUGAGUAAAACCCACCCAGGUGCAUCUAUCUCAUGGACCUAAAUAGAAGUCACCCCAAAACUUUUGUUACCCCUCAGAAAACAUAAGAUUUUCAGAUAUUCUUAACCACUUGUUUAAUAAGUACAUAGAUGAGUUUCAUGAGAGAGUGCAUUGAGCUAAUCUCAUGGUGAAACCAUUAGCCGUAAUGAAUGAUGCACUGUUAAAGAAUUGGACAUGUCAAGGACAUAACCUAAAUGUUUUCUGAUUAGUUAUGGAUGAAUCUAUGAAUACAUACAUUAUACAAUGUUUUGUAACUUUGAAUGACACUUGACUUAAUAAUUAUUAGAUUGCUAUAUUAGCAACUGCAACGCUGCUGUGUAAAGUUGUGUGUCAACUGAAGGAGGCGAGAAAAAAAAAAGAGAUGAAGAUGAUGAAGACAGCGGUUUUAGUAUCGAUACUGUUGCACAUAAGUAACUAAUCCGUUAUUAUUAUUUUUUAUUUUAAUCGAUUAGUAGCCUAUCUGACUAUACAUUUUUUUGACAACCCUACACUAUAUACAUGUGUGUUAACAGGAUUCUGCUUGAAUGUCAUGAUUCGGUCUUAACCUUUCAUAUUUACUCCUCUCUUAGGCGACUCACCUUUAUGCCACCACUGACCACUAGAUUGACAAACUCUCCCUGUGCUUUCAUCCUCCAAACUUUCUGUCUCUCCCGCUGGCUCACUAGCUCUACUCUGAACACAACAGAGGAAACAUAGAAGGAAUAAUAUCACAGAUAUCAGCAAACUAUUUACCAGCAGACUACUGAAACACACUAUAGACAUCAGUGCCACUGCCAACAGGAUUCUGCUCUAAUGUCACAAUUCUGUUUAAACCAUUAAUAUUUACUCUUUGACAAUCAUUUUGCAGACGCUUUUAACCAAAGUAACUUACAAAUUGCAUUGAACAUAGGAAAAGCCAAGGCUCUACUAGUUUCCAGAACUCCUCUGCUACUCACCUCUGUCACUACCAGAUUGACACACACUGCUUUCAUCCUCCAAACGUUCUUGCUCUCUGUGCUUCACUCUCUUUAUUCUGAACAUACCAAAGUGUACAUGCCACAGGGAAGAUCCACAUCCUCAUUGUACCCAGCAUUUCUGAAAAUGCACUUCCGAAUGCAUCUCUGUCCCCAGCACAUUUAAAACCAAACGGCCCAUGCAUUUAGAUCUUAUGGGGAACAUUGAGACGUCGGCAUAAUGAGGCGUUGGAAUUACGGAAUGGGGCCGGGCCAACGUCAUCUAGCUGGCUUAUUACAUAGGUAACACAUAGCUAAUGAUGCUUCUCGCUAGAGAAGCGACAAAAACCCACGAAAUUUGAGAGACACUAUCAAAAGCUUCAUAACUUACUGUCUAACUUCAUAACUUGUCGUGUUUUCGAUCGUAACAUGCCACUCAUUUGCGGUUGUUGAUGUUUUUGAUUCCGUGUUCAUGUAAAAAAGACAGUUGAUGACCAAUGCAUGCAAUCGAGUGACACAAGUCACCGUCACCGAGCCGCACGUGCGGGGACGAAUCAAAUCAUGGAUCUAUCUCAUUGGCUAGCUAGCCCGAACAGCCAUAUUCUCAUUGGCUGUAAGAGCUGUAGAUAGAAUCGGAUUGAGUUAUUUAGGGUGUGCGGCGCGCACUGUGUGCAGAGAUGCGUUCAGCGAACGGAGUGUACUUCACGGAAAACCUAAGUGUUCUACCCAUAGAAAUAUUGAAUUGCUAUAUCCCUAUUCCCAGCGAUUUAUUGGGGGGGACAUUUGGGCAUAUCUGAACAUUGGGGGGGACUUGUACCCCCCAAUGUAUAUGGCCGCUACGCCUAUGGGCUACAUACCUUCUUCCAACUGCUCCGGCGGUUGAGGACAUCCGCUGUCCACCCCGUCCAACCCGACGAAGGCUGGUGAAUCCUCCCCGAAAAUAGCGACGAUAAUGUCACUAUAGGGUGACGUUUUCGGGGGAGGACCACCGCCAGUGGGAUGGUGCUUUAGAGAAGAGACGUCCUUCUUGGCCCGGGACAGGAGUUCUUUCCAUUUCUUUUUGAUGUCACCAUCCGUCCGAUGACAGCCUGAGUCCGAACAGCUGUUCAGACUCUCCAUUAUAAAUCUCCAUGUCUCUUGCUUUGUUUUGUUGGUUACGACAUUGGACUGCUUGGCAGUCAGUGCCGUCUUAUUCUCACUGUAUAAUUCUAUUAAUUUUCUAAUUUCAACGUCGGUGAAGUUAACUUUUCUCUUUCUGUUUUCCUCCAUCAUGUCGGUUUGUCGGAUUUGUCGGUUUGUCGGAUGUUGGUAAAAUAGUAAACAGCUGUUGUCACGAGGUAUCCUAGCAACGCGGUGAUAUGCGCAUCACAUGGAACAUUCACAUGGCCGCGCAUGGCUAAGACCGGGCGUAGUUGAGACCAGUCGUAAGUCCCGUUGGUGCAACCGGCGUUAGUUCCAUUCUAACGCCAGGUCGUAACUAAGACCUACUUAGCAGUUACGACCAGGCUUAGUUACGCCCAGUUGGUGCAACCGGCCCCCAGGUCUGUCCCAAUUUAAAUGGCGAAUGUAUGCACAUGAAACUAAGAAAUAAUCAUAAUAAUUAAUUAAAGUACAACGAUAAUAGUAAUGUAAUUUAUAUGAAUGACCUCAUGUCGGAAUGGCGGGACAUUUGAAAAAAAGUAAAGUACAGCCACUCCGACCAUCGUAACAGAAAUUGUCGGAGUGGUGGGACGUUUACAAAUAAUGGAAGUGCAACUACGACAAUUAGACGUCAAUCUCAGAGUGGGGUUAUGUUUGAAUGGAGGGCGGUCCCACAUUGAGAGAUGGCCAGCCCUUUUUCGACAUUCAAGUGGUACAAGAGCAUUAUUCAUCAUAUGGAUGAAACAUUUUAUUGAAUAUAUGUAAAUCUAAAUCACAUGCUUUGCUUCAAGCACCUAUAUUUCCUCAGGUGAAUCAGAAUCAGAAAUACUUUAUUGAUCCCCGGGGGGAAAUUGUUGAAAUGCGGAGUCCCUGAGAGUAGGUACAAUGCCACUCGAAGCAAGAUUCAUGAAACUUGACGGGAGGUGCUGUGAACUGAUGCAGAUCAGAAAAAAGGGGGAGCAAUUCGGGAGCAGACAAACCACACUGAAAAAAAUUAAACAUUGGCUCAAAUUAAAAAAAAUGGAGGUAAACGAUCACACCUAAUAUUGUAGUUUCAUACAAUAUAAAUAAUUCAUUUGAUUUGACCUGAAAUAUUUAACUUCAUGUAAACCCA